AUGCCUAAAGCUCCUGCCGGGUCUUCCUCUUCUCCCGUCAAAUCGGAACCCUACCCUCCUCAAUCACCCACGAAGUCCGGCAAAGCGGGCGGCGGAAAGGGAGGCGCGAUCUUUACCGACGAGAUCGAUAGGCAGAUCAUGAACCACGUACUCAGCAUCUCCGACAUCAACCUUCGCUACAACUGGCCCGAUCUCGCGAAAAGUGGCUUGCCGCAGUUCACCCCAAAGCAGGCGAGUCCGCGAUUUAGUUUCGAUUUUCUUACGUAUCAUCUUGUACCGGUGACUAAUUAUCAUCGUCCCGAUCUUGUCUCGAUACAGCUCAAAGGUCGCUGGGAUUAUAAGAUUAAGAACGCUCUCUUUCCGCCCGAGGUGAUGAAGAUGAGCAAGCAAGCGAAGGAAGGGGGGAAGGCGGCCAAGGCAGAGGAAUGA